UUAGAGGUGGACCCUUGCGUCAGAGUGAGGACGCCGUCGGCGCCAUCGCUUCUGCAACUAACUGCAGUGUUCGUAUCUGUAAAUAAUGCUGGAGAAUGGAAGAGCCCUGGGGCUUCGACUUCAUUUCUCGUCUGUUCGACGGCCUGCGGUCAUUUUGCGUGGACUUCAUGCAAGACUGGAAAGCCAACGACAUGCGGUUGGCUGUCUUCAAAAUUCUCCUGUCUUGGUUAUUACUCAGCCUCGUUGCAAUUCAUAUCGCGUGGAAAGUGUACGGAACGACUGUCAACGACAUGUAUUACAGACAAGGUACAGGUGGACAGAAUGGGGGUACUCCAGAUGCAGCACCACAUCUUAGUAGCUGGGACAGUGUAGGAGAGGAAAGUUUCAAAACGCACAGGGAAUGAAGAUUCACAUCGUCCAGACAAAUGUACAGAAAUUGCUUUUUGUUCUGCAAUUUCAGAAAAAGACUUUAGUAAAAGAAUCCAAGUCAUGUGUCACUCAAAAUCGUGAGAAAUGAUCAUAAACAAAGACAUUAUUAAAACAGUCAAAGUUGUGUUCACUCAGAAUAUUGAGAAAUGCUCCUGUUGCUUUUUUUAAACAAAUUCUGGCUGAGAAGUCAUGUAUGAGCCAAUCUAGGUAACCUGUGAUGGUGGUGGUUUAUUAGGUGGUAUUUAUGAACUUUAUUAGGUAAAUGAUGUUGCAAACAUUUACUCCCUCCAAAAUCCUCCAUUCUAUUCUACUUAAAUGGAAACUUUCCUCACCACUCUUGAAGAGAGUCUAGAAUUAGGUAGGCAUUGUUGCCCUGGUGUGUUGUGGCAUGUUUGAAAUAUUAUUUAUUACAUUUUUUGCACUUAACAACCACAUAGUAUUGCCUACUCUGAUCCCUGCCACCCACAGGAUGAGAAACAGUCAACACCCACUGCUCUAAGUUUGUUAUGGAUUUUUUUUAACAUUGUGGCCUGGAGGGAGAAUUAUUAUAUUGUGGUAAUUAUUCCUUUAAUAGUAAUCAAGUACAACCUCACUGGGAGGGAAUGAAUGGAAAACACAUUUGCAAGAUGGCACAGCUUAUGGUCAAGGCUGGAGAGUGUCUGUUGGCUCGGCUCUGUAUAAUGUACUACUGCAAUUUGCACUACCGUGACAAAAAGUCAGUGCCGCAGUUGUGUUUUGAUCAUGUUCUUGUCAAAAUUUAAAAGUUAUAAUAUCUAACAGGGUAAUAGUUACUUUUAAAAAGAAUUGUACAUUAGUUUAACAUUUGAGACCACUAGGGUCAGGUCAUGUACAAAAUGGUAAAUAUUUUUUUUGUCAAGUGCAUAUUGUCAACUAAUAGAAUGUACUUGGACAUCUUUGCAACUGUGGACAGAGUUUAUGUAGUGUGGGGAGUUGCAGGUUGGAUGAUUCACUUGCUGAUGUCCACCAUGGACCAGUUUGUCAAUUUUCAGUGUGAAAAACUUCAGUGGUCGUGAAAUCAAAUGUUAUAAAGAGCUGAGAAAGGAGCUUUGAUGUUGCAGCUAAAUUAUUUCAAGACCCUAAGAAAUUUGUUUUACCGUAUAUGCUAAUUAAUUUCAAAUAAGGAAAUGCAUGCUUCCGGAAUCAAAACAUAAUUUUUAGAUUGAAUCCCAUAACCGCAUGGAACAAACAUCAGCAUUCUUUAUGAGGCUGAUUCUAAUACAUUGAGAUAUUGCAUUUAAACUCGUUUAGAAGACUAGAUAGCAUAUAUAUGACAUUCACUGACACUGUUAAUUAUAUGUGCAAGGCCAGUUGCACAAGAAAACUCUGUGAGAUAGCUGGAGUGGCACUCCUCCUUAUUUAAAUCAAUCUGGAAUAACUGUUACUGCAAUAAAAGCUUAUCUGUUUUCCACCCAUGUAACAAGCCAAUAUAAGUAACUCUUAAUAUUUGGAACUGUACAUUUUUAAAUUUUGAGUAAUUCUGUUUUGGGCUAUUUGUUUUCAUAAAUUCUAGAAUCCAUGUAAAGAGAUUUGCAAAUUGGUUAACUAAAUUGUUUUAUUUAUGCAAAAUCUGGAAGAGCUUUUGAUCUUGUCUUAUUUCACAACUUAAUGUCUUGCUGUCAUAAAGGUAUAAAUUAACUAUGAGCUGACUAACAAAUACAUACAAAUACAUUACCACUACACUGAUAUGUUAUAAUUAGGUUUGUUGACAUUGGAUAUAAAAUAUGUACAUUAUUUAUUGUGAAGAAUAUUUUUUAAAUAAAAUACUGACUUUAAUAAAGUA